CGUCUUAUUAGUAGCUCAAGAGAGGGUUUUUACCCCGCUUUUUCCGCCCCCCCCACUCGGCGUCGCGAGGCACCGCGGUAAAGACGUGCAAUUCUUUCCUCCUCUGCCCGCCACUUUUCUGCGAGACAUCGACGGAGGCGUGGUAAAAAACUGGUCGUUGGCCACAGUCCGAACCAUCUAUGGUGGCCACGAACGAAACAAAACUUAUCUGCAGCAGUGUGUGAGGGUGCGGGAUCGGCCCUUUUUGUCCCAAAGCAGCGCGGGUGGCAGGUGAACGGCUCGGGAGCGUCCCACCGCGGCCGCCAGAGACUAAGUCCCGCAGCUCGACGGUCGCCGCCAGUGUGUGUGUGUGUGUGCUAGCCCGCCACUCCGUCAGCCCGGGGAGUGAGCCAGCCAGCCAGCCAGUCAGCCAGCCACCACGCCAGGCAGGGACACAAGCAUCAGUAGUCGCCAGCCCCGCCAUGUGAUGCCGCUGGUGCUCAUUCAUCUACUCUCCCGCACUCAACCAAAGAACGGUCGUGUUGCCACGCUUGUCGACGACGCGUACCUGACCCCAUACCAAAGAUUCUUGGGCCCGCGCUCCAAAGUGACUGAACUAAGUGAUAAAGAAAUACUCAAUGCGUGACUUAACGAGAGAGAGAGAAAAAAAGAACGUUAAUCAGUGAACUCACGUUUAAAAAUAUGUGAAUGUACAUAAAUUUAACAAGGUAAAAGUAAAUAAAUCUGUCAGAAACUUUCUAUACAGAGUACAAGAAAACACCAACCAAGUACAAUACGUUUGAAAAAGUAAUACACCAACGAAAGCAUAAUAGAAACGUGCUCGUGCAAGACCGUCGUCGUCGUCAUCAUCGUCGCCGUCAUCUCCCCAGCGAGCCGAAGUCUCCCCUCCACCUCCGUCGCCCUCGUCAUCGUCGUCGUCGCCUGUAGUCGCGACACUACAGCAUCUAGUGGUAGACCAUGACUAUGGCCGCGAUGUCUACUACGAUGGGGCAGCAGUACCGCUUCAACACCUUCAGCCCCAUGUCGUCUUUCAAUUCCUUCAACAGCCAGCACAUGAACUGGGCCCCGGAACCAAUGACCUGUUCGAAGGUGACGGACAAACUGGUAAACGAGCUUCAGAUCUUCAUGCACAAGUCUGCGAUGCAGAUGCACAGUCGGGAGGCGCACCGUAGCGAGGUGAAGCCGCACCAGUGCCAGCAGUGCCUCAAGUCCUUCUCCUCCAACCAUCAGCUGGUGCAGCACAUCCGGGUCCACACCGGGGAGAAACCCUACAAGUGCUCCUACUGCGACCGCCGCUUCAAGCAGCUGUCCCACGUUCAGCAGCACACUCGACUACACACUGGUGAGCGCCCCUACAAAUGCCACCUUCCGGACUGCGGCCGCGCCUUCAUCCAGCUGUCGAACCUGCAGCAGCAUCUCCGCAACCAUGACGCGCAGCUGGAGCGCAUGAAGAACCGGCCGUUCCAUUGCAACAUCUGCGGGAAGGGCUUUGCCACUGAGAGUUCGCUUCGGACCCACACAUCUAAGCACGCCGUCCACAUCGGCGGGCCUAACGCCGUCCACUGCCCCCAGUGUCACAAGUUCUUCAUGAACGGCGAACAGCUCAUGGACCACAUGAAGCUGGUACACAAGGACCCCAACGCCUCAGGCGUCGGAGCGAAGCGUCGCACGGCCUCCCACUCGUGCCCCGUGUGCGGGAAACACUACGUGAAUGAGGGCAGCCUCCGGAAGCAUCUGGCAUGUCACCCCGAGACCUCGCAGUUCACCUCCUCACUCAGGAUGUGGCCCUGCUCCGUGUGCCACGCUGUCUUCACCCACGAGUCAGGUCUCCUGAACCACAUGGAGCACAUGAGGAUGGACCCGAAGCACCAGUUCGCCGCCCAGUACGUCCUCUCCCGAGCCGCCGCCGAGCGACGCGAACGAGAGAGCAUUCUUGGCCUGGCCCAAGUUGGCCUGCAGGGCGGAGGCAAUCACAUGGGCAUGGGCAUGGGUAUGGGGAUGGGUAUGGGCAUGGGUAUGGGCAUGGGAAUGCCGCACCAGAUGCAGCACCAGGUUCAGCACCAAGCGCCGAUGUCCAUGGCAGCUUCCCCGUCCACCCAGAGCGACGCCUCCUCCCGGAUGUCAACGCCUGCGGAGAAGUUGGAGUCCGGGAUCGGCCGCAUGCCUUCCCCGUCGGACGCCCUGCGCUCCAUAUCCAGCCACCAUGACGUCAUGAACCACAUGCGCCCGCACCCCACCGACAACAUGCGCGCCAUGAUCAGCCAGAGCCAGGCAGAGCUCGUCAAGUCCACACUAACAUCGCAAGCCGAGAGCAUCCGCAAUGCCAUGGCCUCGCAGGCUGAAGUCAUCCGUUCUCUAUCCAACCACCAGCACGGACUGCAGCCAUUGCAGCAGACGCCGCAGCAGCAACAACAGCAGCAGCAGCAACAGCAGCAGCAGCAACAACAGCAGCAACAACAACAGCAGCAGCAACAGCAACAGCAACAACAGCAGCAGCAGCAGCCGCCGCCGCAGCCGCAGCCCAGCGGCCACCAGGCCCCAGAGUCCAUGGGUUCUCCCCAGCCGGACAUGCGCGACAUGCGUGACCUUCGCAUGGGCGGCGGAGGCAUGGAGGCGGCCCUGCGAACCGCGCAGGCGGAGGCGGCGUUGCGGCUAGCGAACCACGAGGGCCGCCCGUCGCCGCAGCACCAGGGCGAGGUGACCGACGCCCUUCGCCUUCAGGAAAUGCGAAUGGAACACGCUCUUCGCCUCCACGGCGACCCGCGAGCACUGCCCACCUCCCUCCCCGGCCCCCUGGGGUUCCCCCUGGCCCCGCCUCAGCACCAACCGCAGCAGCAGAGCGCCUGAACACAACUCCCGCCCCCC